AUGAACCUGGAGCUCGGUGUGUGUGUGUGUGUGUGUGUGUGUGUGUGUGUAGGUUUCUGGAGUAUCCUGGUGCUGUCAGUAUUACUAGGAUGUAUCUGCUGUGUUUUCUCAUGGACCCUCACAUACCUUAAUUCGUACCAGCCUGGCAUGGGGUUGGAAACACCACUGACACUGGCCGACUUCAGAGAUGGAUCUGGCCAUGGUUUCCACAUGGGUUAUAGUGUUGCUGUCCUUAACGGCAUCAUGGCCAUGCUCACUGUCAUCUGGAGCCUCACCUGACACACAAACACAUAGGGAUGUCCCGAUCAGCUUUUUUUGGCCCUCCGAUCCAACCUGCAGAUUCCACACACAGUCCCGAUCUGAUAAUUGUAUUUCGUCAGAUAAUAGAGCUGCACACCGUUGUUUUUUUUAUUUUAUAAAAAUAACUAAGUAACUAAAAUAUGUUUUAA